CGUCAACAGCUUUCGAACAUUCACUUUUGACACAGUAGCAACGGAAAAGCGGGCAUAAAAUCCAUAAAAUAAAAAUCUGUCUAACUUCGUUUUUGACGUUUUAGCUAAUCCAGCUCGUUUUUGGAAAAUGUUUGAGUAGUAAACAAUCCGAGGUGGAAUGUUGCAGGGAACGUGAGAAAGUAUGAGAUAAGCCCGUCGCCAGCUAGUCGCUGCCGCAACGUUGUCAAAUGGCCGCGGAGGCAGAAGCCUAAAUGCCAGGACACCGCGGUUGCUAUGAAGAUCCCAAAGAAAUUUUGUCAAUCCGACUUUUGAAGUGGCUAAGGAAUGGCUGUUUUCUUGUUUCGGACAAGUUGGGUUUUGUUCGAUUUUGUUGGACCUUAACGAUGGCUACGUUUAGAUUUCUUUUCGCAUCCUGGCGAUUUCAAGCCAAGCUUAUACAAGAGAUAGAAAAUGUCUUUAAUCACCGUAAGUGGCGCAGAAUUAUUGCACUGUGAAUUGUACAUACUUUAACGUUACUGUAACAACUUAAACUGCAAGAUAAAUAAAUUCUG